AUGACAAAUCAGACAUUUGUGAAUAUAUUAUUUCUCUCUGGACUGUCUGACCUUUCAUCUCUUCAGCUCCCUCUCUUUAUCAUCUUCCUUCUCAUCUACCUUCUGACUGUAAUCUGGAAUUUACUGAUCAUCGCCCUCAUAGUCUUUGACUCUCACCUCCACACUCCUAUGUAUUUUUACCUUGGGAAUCUGGCCAGUUUGGAUCUCUGUUGUUCCUCAGUCACCGUACCACGAAUGUUAUUUUUUCUUUACACCAAGCAAAGAAAGAUCAUCAUAAAAGAUUGUAUAACCCAAGUCUUCUUCUUUUUAUUUUUUGUUUCUUCCGAGGUAUUUCUUUUGACUGUCAUGUCCUAUGAUCGAUAUACCGCCAUUUGUAAACCAUUGCAUUACAUACAGAUUAUGCAACGGAAAGUGUGUGUACAGUUGAUGUCCUGUGUGUGGUGUCUCGGUUUUACCCAUGCUUUAGUUCACACUCUUCAUGCCUUAAAUUUAACAUUUUGUGCAUCACAUAUUAUAGAAAGUUUUUUCUGUGACCUGCCCCAGUUAUUUCAGAUCUCCUGCAGUGACACCUCUAUCAACAUUCUACUCAUCUUUCUCUUUGGGGGUUUCCUCGGAUUUGGUUGUCUGAUACUGACCUUCCUGCCCUAUGUCUAUAUAUUCAAAACUGUCCUGAAAAUUAAAGUUAAAGGCAACAGGAGUAAAGUUUUCUCUACAUGCACCUCUCAUGUGACAGUGGUCUCCAUAUUUUAUUGCUCUAUUUUUUUUAAUUAUUUUCGGCCAAACCCUAACUUUCAUUUUGCUGGUGAAAAAUUGGCACCUGUCUUCUACAGUGUGAUCGGUCCUCUCCUCAACCCUCUGAUUUAUAGUCUGAGGAACCAGGACUUCAGAAACGCAUUCUAUAAUGUUUUUAGGAAGAUUGUCUCCACAACAGAAAUUGUAUCUAAAUGA